UUUUUGUAUGUUUGUAUGUUUCUUAAUACAGGAUUUAAGAUACACAAAAGGGACAAUUCAUUGUGAAUUAUUGGAGUUUUAAACAGCCGAUUGUUGCCCAUUAGAGCCAAUGACUGUACAGGUAUGAGUACAUACAGCGAUAAGAAAGAAAACAUGACAAACAAGAGUCAUUAGUGCUACAAACGCAGUGGAAAAGCGAGUAUUUAUAACGUCGGUGAAGUCAUUCUAUGAUCACGUAACACCAGACUCCAGUUGCGCACCUUUACUCAAUAUUACGGUAGAGCCGUCACCGGUAACCAUGGCGACCGGGCUCUAACAGGAAGUGUGCUGCCUGAGAGCUUUCUAACGACAUGGUAGAGAUUGACGGUGGCUGCAAGAAAAACUGUAUCUUAGCAACCAAAGGCAGUGGGUACUCGUCGACGGUCCCUGCAUUUGAAAAGUGUUAACAAAUAUCAGCAAAAUGGGUAACUCAUUGACCAGGGCAGCAAAGUGGACCAAAGGAGGCAAACUAGAUUCCAUGCCACUGAAUGAUCUGCUUCUGGAAGAAAUCAUGCGUUUUGUGGAUGACUUCAGCUCACUGCACCCAGAGGAGGCAGAACUUUUGUUUGAGGAGCCGCUGCAAUGGAAGACCACUUUGACAGCGUCUGAUUUUGAAAGGGAUUAUGACCUCAAAGACUCAGAUGGAGUAGAGUCCCAGGAAAAAGAUAAAAACGGAUGUCCAACAUUACGGCUCUCUCCCCCGAAUAUUUCUGUCCGCAACUUCAACCAGCUCUCCAAUCUUGUGAAUCUAGCAAAUGAGAAUAAACUGAAAGAAGUUCAGUCGUGCCUUGAAGAAAACAGAAUGCCGAUGGUGACGAUUCUUGGUCCCAGCUUUGCCAACAUGAAGAAGGCUGUAAAGACUGACAAAGGGGAAGGCCACCCACAGAGCAAGGACACUGACCUCAAGAUCCAGCUGCUCCGCCUUCUACUAAAUCUGGACAAACAGAUUGUUCGCAAGAUCCUUAAAGAAAUAUCAGAAAAGUUCCGGCUCAAUCCCUCCUUCGUGGAUAAUGAAGUGGAAUAUUUACAGAGCUUUUGCGGUCCAGGGGAGAAUAGGGUGUUAAAGUUGGUUCAAUACACGUCAGACUAUGAAUAUUCAAAUGGAUGUCGUGCCCCUCUCUGGAGACAGAUAGAAGGUGAGAUGUGUUACCUCGUGAUUGAGCCUUAUGACACAGAGACGCUGUACAUCACCUGUAGCAGUGCUGGAGUUUUUCUCAACAUGGGUGUCAAGCAGGAGGGAGACGAGGAUGCCUAUGAACGAACGAGUGAUGUGUUCAAGAGCCUGGUUACUUUGCUCAAGAGCAAAUCUCAACUCUUUGCUGAGAGCUUGAACUCACAGGAUAUUCGAGAACCUCCACGUACACCAAAAUUAGUGGAUGCGCAGACACAACUGUCACUUAAAAGGAUUGACAAGAGCACUACACCUUCACAACGUGACCAGGAAAAUAUAUCUGACGUCGAUGCACAGAAGGGAGCCAGGAGCAAGAGUAUAUCACGUUUUUCAGAGUCCUCUUACGCAGAACAACUGUCCUCUAUGAAACUCAAGACACGACAAACAGGGGAGGUUUUCAGUGAGACUUCAUCUGAGAGCGAUCAGAGUUAUGAGGAAGAGGAGCAGCCAGUGCGCCGUCAACGAAACACAGAUCACCCCUCAGAAUACUGGCAGAUCCAGAAGCUGGUCAAGUACCUUAGGGCAGGCGACCAGACAGCCACUUUGCUGACUCUGUACGCCUUGAUGGACUAUGACCUGAUGCAAGAGACGUAUCAUCUGGCCAUCCAGGAUUCAGGUGGCCUGAAAGUCCUAACUAACAUUCUACAUUUGGACGAAGUCAAUCUCCAACUUGGAUCUCUGCGAAUCCUCAGAGAGAUCAGCCACAAUGCCCAAACCCGCCGGGCCAUCGUUGACAACGGAGGCUUGCGAAGCAUCGUUAAUGUCCUGGAUUCACGAAACAAAGACGUGAAGGCCUUAGCUGCUGAGACCAUUGCUAAUCUGACCAGCUUCCGCAGGGCAAGGAGAACUGUUAGAAAAUACAACGGUAUUAGUAAACUGGUGAAGCUGCUUGACUGUGCCCCUGAUUUAGUGAAUGUGGAUGCAAAGCAGGAGAAGGAUGUCGAGGUAGCCCGCUUUGGGGUUUUAGCACUCUGGAGCUGCAGCAGGAGUCCCAAAAACAAAGAGGCCAUCCAUAAGGCUGGCGGCAUCCCUCUACUGGGACGCUUGCUCAAGUCUCCACAGAUGAACAUGCUCAUACCUGCGGUGGGCAUCCUCCAGAACUGUGCCGACGAGGAAAGUUGCAAGAAUGCGAUUCAAACUGAGGGCCUGAUCAAAUAUUUGGUCCAAAACCUCAGCAACGACAACGAUGAACUACGAAUACAUUGUGCCAAUGUCAUCUUCAAGUGUGCAGAAAACAAGCAGACCCGCACCUUAGUGAAUGAGCACAAAGGUCUGCAGGCCCUGGUUUCACUUCUGGGCAAAAGGGAAAACAAAGAGCUCAUGGCUGCCGCCACUGGAGCCAUCUGGAAGUGUUCCCUCAGCCCGGAGAACCUGGAUGUGUUUCAAGAGCAUAAAGUCCUGGAGACCCUGAUUAGCUUGCUGACUAAUCAGCCUGAAGAGGUGUUGGUUAAUGUGGUAGGAGCCCUGGCGGAGUUCUCUCAAAAACCUGCCAACAAGAUCACCAUCCGCAAGUGUGGAGGCCUCAAACCACUAGUCCACCUACUUGUCGGAAGAAACGAGGCACUAUUGGUGAAUGUAACCCGGGUGGUGGAGGCCUGUGCCACAGAUAUGGACAACAUGGCGAUCAUUCAGGAGCUCGAUGCAAUCCGCUGGGUAUGGAGUUUGUUGAAAAACCCGAGCCCAGACGUUCAGUCCAGUGCUGCAUGGGCCCUUUGUCCAUGUAUUGAGAAUGCAAAGGAAGCAGGGGAAAUGGUGAGCUCCCUGAUGGGAGCCAUGGAGCUGGUCAUUGAUUUGCUGAAGUCAUCCAACGAUGAUGUUCUGGCAAGCAUGUGUGCUGUCAUAGCCCAAAUCGCCAAAGACAAGUACAAUUUGGCAGUUCUGACCGAUUAUGAGGUGGUCUUGCUGCUGGCAAAGCUGACUGACAAACCCAAUGACCUACUCCGCUGCCACCUGGCUCAGGCCAUCGCCCAGUGCUGCACGUGGCGCAACAACAGGGCGACCUUCGGGGAGGCGGGAGUGGUGCCCCACCUGGUGCAUUACUUAAAGUCACAGGACAUGAAAGUCCGCCACAGUACAGUGAUGGCCCUGCAUCAGUUGUCCAAGGAGUCAAACAAUUGCAUCAUCAUGCACGGUGAAGGAGUGGUAAAGCCUAUGACCCACUUCGCGGGCGCUGAUGAUCAGAAGGUUAGCAAAGCCGCCACCGAAUGCCUGCGCAACAUUCAUCUGCUCUUUCCAGACCAGCCCAGGGCCAAAAAAUCAGCACCACGCAUAUCCAUUACUUCAUGAAGAUGAGACCCGCAGUCCUCCCUAUCCAGAAUUUGGACAUUGUUUUCUUCGAAGGAAUGUCCCUUCUUCUUGAG